GUCAGUGUUGGGAAACAUCGAAUCAAACUCUAAACGUUCGACGUUGCUUUUUUCACAUUUUUGUUGCCGCUAUGACAUUACAACUUUAGGAAGCUCCUUAAAUUCCCAGAAAUCCGCCGACGUAACAGGACAGAGUAUUAUAGCAAACUGAUGAGCGAGCUAGACGCAGAGAGUGACGGAAAAGAAAUGGGCGUCGGGAGCCCCAGAGGUGCUGACGGAGAUGCGGAAAAUCGGAAAGGAGCACUGCCAACCGCCAAACUGGAUGACCUGGUGCAGUAUGUAAGCCUGCACGUGCGCAUCCCCACGCCGCUGACGGGAGUGGUACUGCCCUUUGUGCCGCUGUACCUCGGUGCCUUCUACUUGUGGAUCCACGUUUACGGAAGCAACUCACCGGGUGAGGAUGACUUUGUUCCGCCUGAAAACUCAACGACGACGGACGUAGGCACUACGUGGAACGAUGUGGGAUUCAUCGGCGUUUUGGCGAUCGCAUUUCUGCAUGUGCUUACAUUGCUCUUCUGUUACUGGAGCGUCCAUGUGCUAGCCUUCCUGACCUGUCGCCGGGUGAAGUUGCCGGGACCCAAUGUUCUGGCCAAGGUGGUGCCCACGGCUAACAAUGGCAACUCAAAGAUCGUUCCAGUACGUUCCGCCAAACUCGAGGACGGAACUACGCAGUAUUACCUCGUUUUCCAAAAGACGAAGUAUGUGUGGUGCCAGGAUCGCAAGACUUUUCGAUCUGUGGAGUUCCCUGUAAACGGACUACUAAGCAGCUACGCGUCAUCCCGAGGCCUGGAGUCUGACGAAGCCAUCAAAGCGUCCACCCUGACAUAUGGGAACAAUGAAAUGGAUAUGGUUGUGCCCGAAUUCCACGAACUGUUCAUUGAACGCGCCACGGCUCCGUUCUUUGUGUUCCAGGUAUUUUCCGUGGGUCUCUGGUGCAUGGACGAUUACUGGUACUACUCCUUGUUCACUCUAUUCAUGUUGAUUGCCUUCGAGUGCACCAUUGUGAAGCAGCAGCUCCGUAACAUGUCCGAGAUCCGAAAAAUGGGCAACAAGCCGUAUCAGAUCUACGCCUUCCGGCAGAACAAGUGGCGCCACAUCGGCUCGGAUGAACUGCUGCCUGGAGACUUGAUUUCCGUAACGCGUUCCCAGAAUGACAACCUUGUUCCCUGCGAUUUGGUCAUUCUGCGUGGAUCCUGCAUCGUGGACGAGUCCAUGCUGACUGGAGAAUCGGUGCCACAAAUGAAGGAAUCGCUGGAGUCUCUGGACAAUUUAGAUACAGAACUGGAUACCGAUGGGGAGGGUAAGCUGUUCGUUCUCUUUGGCGGCACCAAGGUGGUUCAGCACACCGCUCCUACAAAGGAAUCCCUUCGUGCUCCGGAUGGCGGUUGCAUUGGCUAUGUUAUUCGAACUGGAUUCAACACCUCUCAGGGGAAGUUGCUCCGCACCAUCCUAUUUGGUGCUAACCGGGCCACGGAGAACAAUGCGGAAACCUUCGCAUUCAUUGCCUUCCUCAUGGUCUUUGCCGUAGCUGCCGCAUCUUACGUCUGGGUGAAGGGCAGCGAGGAUCCCGAACGCAAUCGCUACAAACUAUUCCUGGAAUGCACCCUGAUCCUAACGGCCAUCAUUCCGCCAGACCUGCCGAUCGAGCUUACACUGGCUGUCAACACGUCACUUAUCCAGCUAACCAAGCUAUUUGUCUUUUGCACGGAACCCUUUAGGAUUCCCUUCGCCGGAAAGGUGCAGAUCUGCUGCUUCGACAAGACUGGCACUCUGACUACGGAUAACUUGAUGGUCGAGGGUAUAGCGGGACUGGCUCCCAAUGGAGUCUGCGUUCCUAUCGAUCAGGCGGAGCCAAAUACGGUACAGGUACUAGCCUGCUGUCACUCCCUGGCGCUGUUGGACGAUGGAUUAGUUGGUGAUCCGCUCGAGAAGGCUACCCUGGCCGCCGUGGACUGGAAUCUUACCAAGAUGGAUAGUGUUAUUCCGAAGAGGACGCAGCUUAAGCCCCUGAAGAUUAUGGCGCGUUACCACUUUUCUUCGGCACUGAAACGAAUGUCUGUUCUAGCUGGUUAUUUGAUUCCUUAUUCCAACGAGGUGAGGCAUAUCGGAGCAGUCAAGGGUGCCCCCGAGGUUAUUCAGAAGAUGUUGACUGUGGUGCCUGCAGAUUAUGAGAAGGUUUAUUUGGAGUAUGCCCGUCGAGGUGCCCGUGUCCUGGCCCUAGGUAUUAAGGAGUUCGGCUCUUUGAGCGCGCAAAGAGUUCGGGAACUGAAACGUGAUGAAGUGGAGUGUGACCUGACCUUUGCUGGCUUUGUCAUCAUAUCCUGCCCCAUGAAGCCCGACUCGAAGGCGGUAAUCAAGGAGCUGAUUCAGUCCUCCCACAAGGUGGUCAUGAUUACGGGAGACAAUCCCUUAACAGCUUGCCACGUGGCUCGGGAGCUGCGCUUUACGCGAAAGAAGCUUCUGAUUCUAACGCCGCCUAAAAACAUAGAGGAGGACUCUUGGAGUUGGACGUCCAUCGAUGGGGAGCAAACCUACAAACUGGAGAACCGUCCGAAGAGCAUAUCGUUGAUACUAGCCACUCAUGAUUUGUGCAUUACGGGCGAGGCUCUGAUGUACCUCCAGCAGCAUGAACCGGACUAUAUGCGCCAAAUACUGCCACAGAUUACAAUAUGCGCCCGGUUCGCUCCCAAGCAGAAGGAGUUUGUCAUCACGCAGCUUAAGCACUUGGGAUACUGCACUUUGAUGUGUGGUGAUGGUACGAACGACGUGGGAGCUCUGAAGCAUGCCAAUGUUGGAGUUUCGUUGCUAACCAGUGCACCGGUGAAGAAGAAGCGUCCCGAAGAUGAGCAGCAACUACAAGCAGCAGCAGCGGCAACUCAAGCGGCCAACCAAGCCAAUCAGCAGCUUACUCCACGGGAGCGGGCACUCCGACGUCGGCAGGAACAACUCAACCAGACGCAAGCUCGCCUGCAGAGUGCUCUGCGGGACAUUGAGGAGCAGACGAUGGUCAAGCUGGGUGAUGCCUCCAUUGCAGCGCCCUUCACCAGUAAAUCAUCCUCGAUUGUAUGCGUCAAUCAUAUUAUUAAACAAGGUCGCUGCACUCUGGUCACCACUCUUCAGAUGUUCAAGAUCCUCGCUCUGAAUGCUCUCAUACAGGCCUAUUGCCAGUCUGUGCUGUAUAUUGAUGGCGUCAAGUUCAGUGAUACUCAGGCUACCAUGCAGGGCAUUUUCAUUGCUGCCUGCUUCCUGUUUAUCACGCGAGCAAAGCCUCUGAAAACACUUUCCAAGGUGGCACCUCUGCCAAACAUUUUCAAUUUAUACACAAUUUCCACCAUUCUCACACAAUUCGCUGUUCACUUUGGAACGCUCUAUUAUUUGACUAGUGAAGCUACCAAAUUGGCACCUCCUAGAGUCGGCAAAGUGAAGUUGUAUAUUGACAUGGAUGCCGAGGAAAAGACCAAAUACGAUCCAAACAUUGUAAGCAGUACGGUCUACAUCAUCUGUUUAUCCCUGCAAGUGGCAACUAUAGCAGUCAAUUAUAAGGGACAUCCGUUCAUGGAGAGCUUGCGCUCCAAUCGUAUGUUAAUGUAUGCUAUCGGAGCAUCCGCCACCUUGGUGCUGCUCUUAUCCACGGGUCUUGCACCCGAAUUGACGGAGUUUUUUGAAAUCAUUCAAUUCCCAACUGAGUUCCGUACAACUUUGCUAAUGGUACUGGUCCUGGAUAUUCUGGGGGCCUUUACAUUGGAUCGAGUUUGCUCAUUUCUUUUCGGGGAGACGCGUCGAAAGUCCAAAGUGCUUAACUGUUAGGUCUAUAUAGAAAUAAAUGCUUAAGACAAGGAGCCAGAGCCACUUGAAAACCCCCAACGUUCCAAUAUUUUGUUUGUAUACCUUAAGACGUUUAUAAGGUCGGUUUCUCCGCAUGUAUCGAACUCCGCAUCAUGAAAACAGUAUAAUGCAUUUAAUUUUAUUAUCGGACUGUAUAUUAUCGGGAAAAAUAUAUUAUAUAGAUUUAACAAAAGAACGUAAAGUAUGAUCGAGACCCGUAUUCGCAACUAGUGAAAUUGUCGUAAAAUUUGUAAUGCGAUUAAAAUAGACAAUUGAAAAAAACUA